AGAAAGAGAGAGAGAGAGAGAGGGAGAGAGAGAAAAGAAAAAAAACAGAAACAGAGGAGGGGGCUAGGCUGAAGAAUCUUUCUGGUAGUCUUUCUGAGGGAUUGGGGGAGCCUCUUGCUGAAUGAGAGAAUUACACAACAGACUGGGAGAGGGAGAGAGAGGAAGAGAGAGAGAGAGGGAGCAUGCUCAGCACAGCAGGCUGAGGACAGAUGCCUUGGAGACAGCAGACGAACGAGGGCUGGACUCCUUUCUUCAGCGCGCUGAGCUGAGCUGUGUGUGUGUGCCUGAGCGAGCAGCCACUCCCAGCUGAGACACACACACACACACACACACACACAUCCACGCUGGGGAGGCUGUGUGUUUUUUCCUCUGUGUUGGAGCUGUGAGGACCGUGGCAGAGGAGCAGCGUGGGAGACGCUCCUUCACCUCUCUCUCUCUCUCUCUCUCUCUCUCUCUCUCUCUCUCUCUCUUUCUCCGCCUGCACCCAGCGCUGCUACGUGGAGCCUCGCCUUCCCUUUUUUCCUCCUCAUUCACUCUGUUCUGCUCUCCCCUCUCCACGGAUACUCCCACCCGGCUGACGGCUGAGGAGGGUGGAGAGGAGGUGGGGGGGGGGGCACGGUAGGGGGGCUCUCUGGCGGUGAUGAUUCUGAGCCUGGACCACAACAAACCUCCAGGGCAGGGCAGGACAGGAGCGGCAUGGGAGGCUAGCAGGACGCACAGCCAUGGGAGCCAAACAAAUGAAAUGCUUAAGCGCAUCCAGUCCCACUCAUGCUCCUAAGGAGGACUACAUCAUCGCACGCUCCGAGGAGCUGGAGACCGCCACUGACCAGCCGACUGCAGAGUUGCACAGCAGAAAAGAGGAUGUAGAGAAGUCCUGCACGCCAGGGCCCCACCGUGACACUGAGCAUGCUGGGACAGUGGAGGACUCCUCCUGGGAGGACCAGCUGUUUGCCCAGCAGGAGCAGCUGGAGAAGGAGAUGCAGGAGACUAGGAGGAUGGUCACUCGACUGCAGGCGCUGCUUCUGCACGGUUCGCUCCCCGAGGAUGAGCAGGGCGUCCCCCUGGGCUUCGGAGAGACCUGCACCAACGCCGAACAGCAGAUGAUAUUAAUCCGCAGUCGGCUCGACCAGAGCGUGGAGGAGGCUCUGGAUCUUAAGAGGGAACUCAUGCGGUACAAACAGGAGGCCCGCAACCUUCAGGCAGUCAAGGAUGCCAUGCAGCAGCGUAUGUCUGCUCAGGAGGACUCUGUCCUGCAGCUGAAGCAAGAGCUACUCAGGUCCAGCAUGGCCAGAGAGGAGCUGGCUGGACAGAAUGUGGAGCUGCAGAGGAAGCUGGGUGAUCGCAACAAACUCCUGACUGAAUAUAAAAAGGAGAUGGGUCAGAAGGACAAACUGUUGCAACAGCAGCAGCACAAACUGGAUGAGGCCGUGAGGAAAGCCAACGCCAGCCACAGGGUACAGCUGUCGGGAUGUGAAAAUAAUGGAUACAGUCACAUGAUGGAGGGUCCACCACCUCCCUACCAACACAGAACAGCUGAUGAACUUCAGCUGGUGCGUGAUGCCCUGCGUAGCCUGAGGAACAGCUUUGGGGGUCAUGACCCUCAGCACCACACUCUGGACACUCUGGAGCAGGGCAUCGGUAGCCUCAUGGAGAGACUUCACAUACACGAUACACGGCAGGACAAGAAGGGCCCCAGCAAGUCUCCAGGGAGGCGAGCCAACCACACCGACCGGGAAUCGUGGCCGCCUAGCGCCAAGAUGGCGCAUUCCCACAGCAGUCCAGUGCUCAGUGCAUCUGUGUCCACUAAAGUCCUCUACUUCACCGACCGUUCCCUAACGCCCUUCCUCAUCAACAUCCCCAAGAAGUUGGGGGAGUUGACCCUGCGGGACUUCAAGGCCGCUGUUGACAGACAUGGCAACUUCAGGUACCACUUCAAAGCUUUAGACCCGGAGUUUGGCACGGUGAAGGAGGAGGUGUUCCAGGAAGAUGCCAUCAUCCCGGGUUGGGAGGGGAAGAUUGUGGCGUGGAUCGAGGAGGACCACAGUGACACCAGACUGAACUGAAGGAGGAGUGUGAGCCAUGAGUGUGUGAGUGUGUGUGUGGGUGUCUGUCUGUGUGUGUGCACCAUUCCCCUCGUCAUGAGAGGACAUCCAGAGGCUCACAGGACCAAUGGACUCUGAGAUUACAGACACAGAGGAUGCCUGAUGUGGAGACAGGGGAGACAGAAAAGGAUCUGUGAUGUGUACAGUGGUGAUGGAGAAGGAUCUGUGAUGUGUGUACAGUGGCGACAAAUAAAGGUCUGUGACAUAUAGACUGUGGCAAUGGAGAAGGAUCUGUGACGUGCGCACUAUGGCGAUGGAGAAGGAUCUGUGACGUGCGAACUAUGGCGAUGGAGAAGGAUCUGUGAUGUGCGCACUGUUGCGAUGGAGAAGGAUCUGUGACGUGCGAACUAUGGCGAUGGAGAAGGAUCUGUGAUGUGCGCACUGUGGUGAUGGAGAUGGAUCUGUGAUGUGCGUAGUGUGGUGAUGGAGAAGGAUCUGUAUCAUGCUGAUGUUACCUGUGUAAAUAUCUCUUCAUGAAAACAUUCCCUAACACACUGUGCACCUCCCAGAACACCUAAACAUGUGAUUCAUUUACCAGAGUGGGGGUGGGGAGGGGGUUGCGUGUGUAUGUGUGUGUGUGUGUGUGUGUGUGUGUGAGAGAGAGAGAGAGAGAGAGAGAGAGAGAGAAAAAGAGAGCAGGUUAAACAAGGAUGUUGUUUAUAUGUUGUUUAUGCCGACCUGUAAAUACUCUUUGCCUGUGUUGACAUAAUUGUCUGCUUCAACAUUGUGAAUGUCACUGUUUGAUAAAUGAUUGUUACCCUGGCAACCACUCAGCACCUCAUUCCCCUGCACCCUUUAUCAUGUCUGAAGCAGCAGUGUGUCCAGAGAUUCUGCCUGUUGUUGCUGAAUUAUGGACCAGGAGGGGGCGGUGUUCUGUCACAAAUGUACACUAUUUAUUGGAACUCUGUCAUUUCUAGGAUUUCACACAUGUCUGGUUUGUAAUAGAGACAGAUGGGGCCAAUGUUUGUAACAUUUGUUACAGUCUGAGAAUAAAAAAGUAUGGAUAUAUAGAAAAAUAACUGUAUUUUGGUUUUG